UUAUUUAGAAAUGUUCUUGUUGAGGGAGGGGUCUUGAUGUGAAGAAGCCCUUAUAAGCAGGUCCACUUCCCCAGGACUCCAGGUUCAGGCUGGGACAGAAGAAGAAGAUCCUCUGUGUCUAGGUUUGAAUGAAUGACUUUAGUCAUGUGAUCAGAUGAGAACUGUUCUGACUUUAAAUGUCCGUCUCUGUAUCCAGUGGAAACCAUGGUCUCCAUCAUGGGAAUGCUGGCCGUGUGUGUGCUGGUCUGUGCUGUGAUGGUUCAGAUCAAAGCUGCUGCUGUCCAGGAUGCUGAUGUAAAGAAGUCUGAAGCUACGAAUGACCUGGUGAAGCGUUCGAGACCUUGUGGUUACGGCUGGACUCAAAUCCACGAUCGCUGUUUCCGCUACAUCCCUGUACUCCAGACUUGGUCUCGAGCUGAAAGAGACUGCAGGUCCAAGGGGGCGACCCUUGCAUCUGUUCACGACAUCCAGGAGUACCAUGAGAUUCAAAGGCUGAUUUUAACUGCCACUCAUAGUUAUCAGGAAACCUGGAUUGGAGGCUCUGAUGCCCAAGAGGAGGGCUUUUGGUUGUGGAGUGAUGGCAGCGCUUUCCUUUACACCAACUGGUGUCCUGGAGAGCCCAAUAAUCAUUUGGGCCGAAAUCAGGACUGUCUAAAGAUGAAUUUCUUAUCUGCAAAGUGCUGGGAUGAUGUUCAAUGCAGUUUUCGUUACCCGUACGUCUGCGCCAAGAAAAUGUGAAGACCGCCGUCACACAGACCCCAUGAAGACGACCAGCGCUGGUGGAGCUCUGCUGCUGCUGGAGUUAAUGCCUUUUAUUUCCUUAAAGAUAAAGUUUUACUUUAGUUUGUAGAAUGCAGCUUAUAGAACAAAGUCCCAAAUCAGAUGAAGUUGGAUGGUCUGAUCAUCAGAGAUGGAAAACUACUGAAAGCUAAACUUAACUUGCAUAUCUGUCCUUCUUUUCUGUACUUUCCUUUAAUUAAACAUUUGAAGCAUUA